AAAUAAAAAAAAACCUCGCGCGAAGUAUGGUGGAGUUCAGCGAAAACGAGCGAGAAAAGUUGCGCGCCGAAGCUCUAAGUACCGUCAUAGAAGUCGGAAGUUCUUCGUUACAGGAGGAGCACCGUAAAACUGGCAAAGCCUUGGCGAUUGGUAUAGUGGUAUUCGUUGUGGCGCUCGGUUUGUACCAUGCCGUCGUCUACGGAUCGUCCAGAUUAUCAGCGCUCGUCGGUGGUUUCAUCAUCAUGUUGCUCUACGUGGUUUCCUUGCUCUACUCCUGGCAUCGCAAGAAAAAACUCACCAAAUCUAACGAGGCGGCUUUGCAGCAGAAGAUAAAGGAAGUCAUCGUGAAAGCGUCGAAGUCUCCUUUGAAAAAACCGGAUAGCGAGAGCGACAGGAAACAGGCGGCCCUGCAGGAGCGCCCGCUCCUCGUCAGGACCUACUCCGUGGCAUAAUUACCGGGGAGCAAAAGGAACGAGUGAAACUGGAACGCA